AGAGGCGGGACAGAGUGAGAGGGAGUGAGAUUGCUAUGGAGACUGGUAAACUUACCGAGCAGGAAGCGCAAAACCAUCAAAAUCGAAUCAGUUAACCUUUAAUGGUUUCGUUAUAAUAGCUAUCAUGAGUUUUUUCGGUUGACAUUGCUGCCAAUGGUAUGACUGGAUGGAGCUGAAUCUCAAACGUCUGAACUUAAAUGAAAGAUGCCACAAGCCCCCAGCUUAAAAAUGCAGACCAAAUUGAGCACCUGGACACCUCUAAAUCAUCCUCUCUCCAAUGCUAAUGUUUUUGAAGAGAGAAGAAAUCUGCUUGGAAAGUGGUUUGAGAAGUGGACUGAUAGCCAGCGGAAACAGGUGCUACAAGAUUUUUUCUCCAGAUGUUCUGUUAACCAGCUGAAACAUCUCAGACAGACUUUGUGCAGCUGGGUACCAGAGGAAGCACUUGACUUCACUACAGUGCUUCCCAGGAUCAUAUCCCUCUAUAUAUUUUCAUUCCUAGACCCCCGAAGCCUCUGUAGAUGUGCUCAGGUGAGCUGGCAUUGGAAAAACCUGGUGGAGCUUGACCAGCUGUGGAUGCCUAAAUGUCUGAAAUUAGGCUGGUGCAUAACUUUUGCUCCAACACCAUUUGAACAAGGUGUAUGGAAGAGGCAUUACAUAGAGACAGUGCAAGAGCUUCAUAUUAGCAGGCCCAAGAUGCCUGUGAAGGAAGACUUUAUUAUUCCUGAGGUGAAAGUAAUUGGCAGUGAGAUCGUGGGGUCACAUCCUAUGACCGGCCAAAGGGAGUUCAAGUCUGUCCUCUCAAGUCUGCAUGGGAAAAGUAAAGAUGGGAAUGACUUGGUGAAAUCAGCCAAAGGCCUUCCUCCAUGGAGAGACUCAGACAGGCAUCCCACCGACAUAAUACGCUUUAACUACUUGGAUAACCUUGACCCAGUUGAACAUGCAAGAAUAACAGGGGAAAAGGGGAAAAGUGCUACUUCCAACACAACAAGACAAGAAAAAACAACAAAAACACCAUCUUUCUCAACAUACAAGCUGCGCAAGGCCAAAUCUUUGAUGUUUUUAUCCUUGGAUCUCAGUGCAGCAGGAAAGCAAAAACAUAACAGGCCGCAAUGGGCAGCACACAAUUUACAAGCACUUCCGGAUAACAAGGACUCCAUAAAGACACUUUCCCAGACCUCCCAAUGGAAUGCAGGGAUACGUCCUGGUCCUGUAAGGCCUCCAGUGCCCAGACUGAGUAAGGAGGGGCUCCGUGCAACACAGAGAUCCCAUAGAAGCACACCAACUGUGUCUCUUUUUGAAGGACAGCCAUGAAGGAGACCAAUUUAUAAAGAAUCAAAUGGAGCUGGAGCAUAGACUGUAUAAAACAGCUGGAGACAUGAGGCCAUCUACUGGAUCAUGUUGUGAUAGCAACAUGAACAACUUGAAGUUAGGAAUACAACGUUAAUUUAUUAUUAUGUAUUUUAUUAAUAAUAAUUACGCCUUAAUUAUAAUACUAAGCAUGUCAUAAUUUUAUGUUAACAGACAAAGCACAAUGCAUUCAAAUUAUUCCGUUUUUAUGUGAUUGUUAUUUUUGUCUUCCCUGAGUCCCUUACUUUUGUUAUUGUCCACUAGAUGUCCCUGAUUGUUCAGAACGUCUGAGAUUCCGAUUAAAGGGAUAU